AUGAAUACUGUGCUAGGCAAAUUUAUCAGGAUGACUAUCUUGGAAUGGUCAAGAUGCGAGUUUCUUGGGUCAGGAGGGACCACGUAUAACUAUCAAUGCAGCGGUGGUAUAGAUGCAACUGAUGUGAAUGGUUGGAAACUUACAGAUCCAAGAUCAGAAGAAGCGGUCACUCUCCAUUUGCGUUUAACCACCACUCAUUACCCAAGAUCAUCAAAUCUCAAGGACUCUUGUUCUUGCACUGUUGAAGGAGUAAAGUGUAACGGUUUCUCUUCAAAGUUGUCAUGGGAAGCUAUUAGACCAAAGGGUGGAGGAGAAAGACUGGUACAAUCUGGUGUGGUUCAAAGGAGCAACGAAGCUUGA